AUGCAGUGCAGUGGACCAGUGUACGUUUGACAUUCUGAGUUUUUGGUGGUUGAGCUUUAGCGGAGUAUAUAUGUGGGAGAAACAAUUGUUUGGUAGUUAUUAGGAAGGUGUUAAAUCAUGAAUACAGUUUUCAUGCUCUAGUCUUAAUUGGUUUAGUGUAAUAUUGUGGUUUCGCCUUUAUUUCUAUGAUGUGCCUUUACCUUGUGUACCGUCGAUAGAUCUCGUACACAUCUCGUAGAUAGGUUUGUGCUCGAGAGGAAGAUGACGGUUUUAAUCUGCUACUGUGUUAUUAUUUUCGCUUAAUUGCACGAUAACUAUAUUCAAGAUGACAACAAAUACAAAAUCGGCCAAUGUUACGUUGAGGCCGAUUGAGGUGCCGAAAGCUUUGCAGGAUGGAGAGAAGUUUAUGAAAUGGGAUGAGGAUUCAGGCCAGACAGGCCUGCCAGUUACCCUGAGGGUGGAUGCCAAGGGGUUCUUCCUGUUUUGGACUGACCAGAAUAUGGAAGUGGAGAUGCUGGACAUUGCCACCAUCAGAGAUGUGAGGACAGGAAUCCAUGCCAAGGUCCCAAAAGACCAGAAGAUCCGGAACGUGGUGUUGUUUGGCUCGCAGGGCUCGUUGGAAGAGAAAACUGUGACCGUGUGCUAUGGAGCAGAUUUCGUCAACGUCACUUUCAUUAACUUCUGUUGCACGAGGAAGGAAAUCGCUCAGAUGUGGACCGAAGAGCUUUUCGCAUUGGCAUACAACCUGAACCAGCUCAACAACCCCACCAUCAAGUUUCUAGAGAAGAUGCACACCAAAAUCACCCUUAAAGCAGACAAGUCUGGAAAGAUACUCGUUAAAAACAUCGUCCGCCUAUUCGCUCAGAACAAGGAGGACAAGAAGCGGGUGGAGAAAGCCCUCAGCGAGUCGGGGCUUCCUACAGGCAAGAAUGACACCAUCAGCCAAUCCAAGUUCCAGUUCGAGGACUUCUUCAACUUUUACAAGAGCCUCACGCAGCGGAGCGACGCGCAAAAGAUAUUCAACAGCCUAACGGACGGCAAGCCGCACCUGUCAGCGGCGCAGCUGGUGGAUUUCCUCAACGAGGUGCAGCGGGACCCGCGCCUAAACGAGAUCCUCCACCCGUACGCGGACAUCCAGAAAGCCAAGGACCUGAUCAAGGCGUACGAACACAACAAGUACCACCAGCAGAGAUCGCAGCUCACGUUUGACGGAUUUUUAAGAUUCUUAAUGUCGGAGGAUAACCCAAUAGUGGCGCCCAACAAAUUAGACCUGAGCGACGACAUGGACCAGCCGAUGGCGCACUACUUCAUCAACAGUUCGCACAACACGUACCUCACCGGCCACCAGAUCACCGGCAAGUCCAGCGUCGAGAUCUACCGGCAGAGCUUGCUCGCCGGCUGCAGAUGCGUGGAACUAGAUUUCUGGAACGGCCGCACGGAGGAGCCGGUGAUCGUGCACGGCUACACCUUUGUGCCGGAGAUCAGCGCCAAGGAGGUGCUGGAAGCUAUCGCGGAGAGCGCCUUCAAAACCUCGGACUUGCCCGUCAUACUCAGCUUCGAGAACCACUGCAACCCACGCCAGCAGGCCAAGAUAGCCAACUACUGUCGGGAUAUAUUCGGCGACAAAUUGUUAGACCGCCCUUUGGACUCGCAUCAGCUCGAACCAGGAGGAGAGCUACCGCCACCAUUGCUGCUUCGUCAUAAGAUAAUAAUUAAAAACAAGAAGAAACACCACCACCACCACAAGAAGGAGGACUCCCUGGCGUCUGAGGAGAGCGAGGCCAGGCCCGAGCCCCCCGUGCAGGGCAACGGGGACGUGUCUCAUGGAAGUCUGGUGCGGCAGAGUUCUAAAGAAUCAUCAUCAUCGUCGGAGUCGGAGAGCUCGUCGGGCGAGGAGGAGGCGGGCGGCGCGGAGGGCGGCGGCGAGGAGCCGCGCGAGACGCACGCCGGCGCAGAGAUCUCCGCGCUCGUCAACUACGUGCAGCCCGUGCACUUCAGCUCCUUCGAGAGCGCUGAGAAAAAAGGUCGUUUCUACGAGAUGUCGUCAUUCGAUGAGAAGCAAGCAACAGCUCUAUUGAAAGAGCGACCGAUCGAGUUCGUGAAUUAUAACAAAAACCAGCUGUCGCGCGUCUACCCCGCUGGCACGCGCUUCGAUUCCUCCAAUUUCAUGCCACAGGUGUUCUGGAACGCGGGCUGCCAGCUGGUGGCGUUGAACUACCAGACGCUGGACCUGGCGAUGCAGCUCAACCUGGGCACCUUCGAGUACAACCGCCGCUGUGGCUACUUGCUCAAGCCGGAGUUUAUGCGACGAAAGGACCGUCGGCUGGACCCGUUCGCGGAGAGCACCGUGGACGGCAUCAUCGCGGGCUCGCUGGCCGUGACCGUGCUGUCGGGCCAGCUGCUCACGGACAAGCGCUGUGGCACCUACGUGGAGGUGGACAUGUUCGGCCUGCCCGCCGACACCGUGCGCAAGAAGUUCCGCACCAGGGUCGCGCCCAACAACGGCAUCAACCCCGUCUACGGAGAGGAGCCGUUUGUCUUCAAAAAGGUGGUGUUGCCGGAGCUGGCGAUGAUCCGGAUCGCGGCGCACGAGGAGAGCGGGCGGCUGCUGGGGCACCGCGUGCUGCCCGUGGUGGGGCUGUGUCCCGGCUACCGGCACGUCAACCUGCGCACCGAGCUCGGCCUGCCGCUGCCCGCCAGCCUCUUCCUGCUGGUCGUCGUCAAGGACUACGUGCCGGACAAGCUGUCGGAGCUGGCGGAGGCGCUGGCCAACCCCAUCAAGUACCAGAGCGAGCUGGACAAGCGCGAGCACCAGCUGGCCGUGCUCACCGACGGCACCGACGAGCCGCGCCGCCCCAGCACAUACCCCCCUGUGAAGCCGCAGCUGACCGUGGACGGCAGCCCCAACAAGCCGCCGAGCGCCGAGCCGCCCGCCGACAGCGCGCCGCCGCCGCCGCCGCCGCUGUCUGAGCCCGAAGAGCCCAAGGAAACACCAGAAUGCAAAUCGAAUGGCGGCGCGGAGGAGCCGGUAUCGGAGACGCUGGACGCGCUGCUGUCGCUGAAGGUGGUGAAGGAGAAGCGCUCCGAGCUGGCGCGCAAGCUGGACGCGCUGCGGCGCAAGUUCGACAAGGAGAAGCGCCCGCUGUCGGCGUACGUCAGCACCAAGCUAGUCAAGAAGCUUUCAUCCAAGAAUAUCAUCGGCGAGGCAAGCUCGAGUGACGAAGGUCCAGGCGCAGGCGCGCCGGGCAGCGCUGAAGCCGUCGCCGCCGAGCGGGAGCUGCGGCUGCGCUACCACCACGCCAUCUACGCGGCGCUCGACAAGCACGUCAUGCUGGACCAGCAGCGGCAGAUGCGGGCGCUCACUGAUAUGCUGGACGCGGAGAAGAAGGAGGUCCUCAGCCGGCUCGCCAACGACCGCAACAAGGAAGUCAAGGCGCUCGCCAAGAAAACGAACCGGGACAAGGACGAGAUCCUUCGGAUAAAGCGGGAGAUUCACUCACAGUCGGUAGAGCGCGGCGUGGCGGAGUGCUCGCAGCUGGAGCAGGCGUACGCCACGCGCCGCGAGGCCCUGGCGCGCGCGCACGAGCGCCUGCGCAACGAGCUGCAGCGCCAUCGCGACCAGGAGCUGCUGGAGCUGGAGCGGCUGUGCGGGCCGCCGGAGGGCUAGAGCGCGGGCCGCGCGCCCGGCCC